AUGCUGGCAUGGCAGGACGGCGGGGCCAAGGCGGCUCCCUCCCACCACAAGAUCUCCUUCUCGGUUCUGGACAUCUUGGACCCGCAGAAAUUCACCCGCUCUGCGCUCCCAGCCGUGCGUCCGGCUCUCCGGGAAGCCAAGAAAAGUUUGGCAGAGGCCGAAGGAAGGAAGGACGCCAGCCGGGACCCGGUUCCGCAGCGAGAGGCGCCUGAUGCUGCGGGCCGCGGCGCCGGCUUGGCGUCCCCUCUGGAAGGGUCGGAGGCGGAGGAGGCGGAAGAGGAGGACGAGGAUGUGGAGGACGCGCGGCGGCGGCGCGGGGAACCGGCUGCGCACCUGCAGGCGGGCCUGACCCUCUCCCCCGAGGCGCGGGCCGCGGCGUCGGCGGCAGGGGAGAGCGGCGCGGGCGGCCUCGCGGGCUCUCCCGGCUCCCCGCGGCCCAGGCGCCGGCGCGCGGAGCCCAGCGGCUCCAAGCCGCGGCGCGCGCGCACCGCCUUCACCUACGAGCAGCUAGUGGCUCUGGAGAACAAGUUCCGGGCCACGCGCUACCUGUCCGUGUGCGAGCGCCUGAACCUCGCGCUCUCGCUCAGCCUCACUGAGACGCAGGUCAAAAUUUGGUUCCAGAACCGCAGGACCAAGUGGAAGAAGCAGAACCCCGGCGCCGAAGGUGCGGCGCAGGCGGGAGGUGGCGCGCCCCAGCCCGGGGCUGCGGCGGCGAGCGGCGGCGGCGGCGCAGGGGGCAGCCCAGGUCCGCCGGGCCCGGGCGCGCAUCCUUUCCAGACUUUCCCCUCCUACUCGGCGGCCAACGUCCUUUUCCCGGCCGCCGCCUCCUUCCCGCUGACGGCCACCGGGGGCUCCUUCGCGCCCUUCCUCGGGCCCUCCUAUCUGACCCCUUUCUACGCCCCGCAUCUAUGA